AUGAUUACCAAUACGGAUUUGACUCCAUUUGGUUCUCUUGCUUGCGGGGGUUUUCCCAUUUCUGCUGCAAGAGCGCAGUCUAUAGCAUCAUCAUGGAGCGGCCAUGUCCUCACUCUACCAGGUUUCAGCAAACUGAAAUGGAUCCGAUCAUUUAUGGGCAAUACAGAUGCCAGAGACAGAACAGAACCUAAUCCACCGGUCAUAUCGUCUAUGGGGCCCUUAAGUCUAUGCUUCAUUUCAAUUAAUGUGAGAUAUCCAGGAACUAAUAUCAGUGGUGUCAUGAUUCAUGCACGAAACUCAACAUUACCAAAUGGAGUCAAAUCCGUAUUGUUAAAAAUUAAGGCUGAAGUGUUGACCGGCAUUGAAGUGAAAAGUAUCGUAGAUGCUCAGUCUGCUGCUGAGGGACUCCUCUCUCAGGGAUGUAGCAGUGUAAUAAUUACUCUAGGUGGAGAAGGUGCCUUAUACUCCUUCCAAGGACAACAUGAACAUAUACCUGCCGAAAAAGUUACUCCUGUUGACACAACUGGUGCAGGUGAUGCUUUUGUUGGAGCUCUAGCAUAUUAUCUUGCAUAUCAUCCUAGUCUUACUAUGACAGAAAUGAUACAGAGAUCUUGUAAGAUUGCAACAGUGUCUGUUCAGGCUCCUGGAACUCAGAGUAGUUAUCCAAAGAAGGAUGAUUUGCCUGUUGAAUUAUUCUUAUAAGUAGUACUUAAGUAUUUGAUAUUGAAUUGCUUAUCAAUAAGUUCAGAGAGGAGUCAACACUGUUUCCUUCCUAAUACAUUGUUGAUUAUAGUAUAUGAAAUGUUGAAAUUGUUAAGAAAACUUGUGUAGAUUUUAUUAAUAUGAUUUCUCAUCUCAGGGUACCAAGGAUUUGGGUUCUUAGUUAACAAUUGCAUGAUAUACACGAGACAUUUGGAUAUUUUCAUAUUUCUCUUUUAUACAUUUAGAAUCUUGAAGUAUGCUCAGUUGUUUCACUUUUAAUAAUCAGUGUGAUUGUGCUAUAAGUUUAUUUUCCCAUUAUUAUUUAAUUUUUUGGUUGUCAGAUGAGGAUUUCAGAGCUAUACUCAUCUUUACUUAUUUUUAGGGGUGUUUAACUGCCAUUUGGCCAGGUGAUCUGUGCCAGUUUGGCUGUUGUAAGUCCUAUUCACAUAAGAGUAAAGUAAUUUUGACCUUCCAAGGCAUGUGUUUUUGUGAACUUUGAAUAAUAAAAUAGAAAGUUUUACUGGGGCUAAGAGCAUUUUGAAAAAGGUCAUGUCUUUUUUGCAGUUUAAUAGUUAACUUAAAUCCACGUAAUUAGUAAAAACUUAGAGGAAUUGUAAGUUAGAUAUAUAGUCAGUAGUGAGAGGUGGCUAGCUGGUAACAAGUAAAAGUAUUUUUAUCCUAGGAAUGCACUAUGUAGGGGUAUUAAGGUUAACUGGUAUUAGAUGGAUGAGUUUGGUGAACCUUCUUCUCACUGUCAUCAAGUACUUCUGUCACAGUUGGGUUAAGACACCUUGCUGCACUUUGACUUACCUUCAUUUCAAAAAAAAAGUGAACAAGAGGUGAAAUUAAUUAAUUUUCUAUAUUAUAGUGUGCAUUUGACUGUUAAUAUAGAGUAUGCCAUGAUUCUCCAAAUGUUUUUGCAUAAUGCAUAUAUAACAAAUAAAUGUAUAAGUUUUGCUGUACACCUUUAGAAGAUAAGAUAAAGAAGGAGAGAAGUAGAGGUUCAUAGAAAGUUGCAAUAAGGAACACGACAAGUAAAUUAAAGAACUAAAGGUAAAGGAUGCUAGCAUUACGAUGCAGACUAGGCUUAAUAUGUUGGAUCUGAAGGUGAACCUCAAGGAAAAAUACAAGGGUGAUGUAUGGGAUCUUUGCAGAACCAAAGACGACAACACUGGACAUUCACUCUUCCAAAAGGAAUAAAAGAAAUUAAAAAUGAGAACAUAGCCUUAGAGACCCUAAAAUUUUUGAACUAAAAAUUAGGGAAAUGCAUAGGACUAGCAGUAUGGCUUAAGGAGUAUACUAGCUAGGGAAUCACUGGUCAUUCAAGCUAGAGCCUGCACUACCUUCAUAACAGUAAUAGUAAAGGCAAAAGAAAAGUAAGAAAAAAAGUAAAGUAGUAACUUAUUAAUAUUCAGUAUGAAAUUAAUUAAGAGUAGUAGCAUGUAAAUAUUCAAUGGUGAAAAAUUAAAAUGGUAAUAAUAUUAUAAUUUUCAGCAGGUUAUUGGACAAAGACUUAAGAAUGUAAAGGUAUACAACAUUUCACUGGUUAAUUCACAAGGAAUUAUUGUAAUAUUUUUUGCAGGAAAGAGUAAUGGUGUAUGAACACAAACAAGCACUCAAAUUAGUGAAGUCUUAAAAGGAAAGUAAACAGUUAUAAUAAUGACAUUAAAGUCUUAUGUAAGGAAGAAACAGUAAAUAACAAUGAAAUUAGUGUUAAAUAAGAGAAUGAAUAAGAUGAAAAUAAAAAAUGCCCCAUUCUUCAGUUUUGCUGGUCUGCCUCUCUAUCUCUUCAUAGUGCAACUGAGGAGUUUUCUCUCGGUUCCACCUUUAGAUCCUUGUACUACUUCAUAUCUUUUAUUUUUGGGAUCUCUUUAUCUUUCUUUCCUAUCACUCCAACUCCCUUUGUUUGCUGCUCUGACUGGUGAAUGGCAGUGAGCACUCAGGAACCAGGAAUCAUAUAAAAUAGUCUAACCUAAAAGAUUGACUGAUAAGCUUAUACAGGUAGAUGGUAGCUACUAUUUAUUCACUUAAGUUUAAUUCAAAUUUCAUACAUUUUUAUUAUAUUUUAUUAACUUUUUUUGUAAACGUAUAAUUUAAAAGGUCAUAUAAUAGAUAAAUAUUGGUUGAGCCUUAUGUAUAUAAACAUAUGUAUGCUCUUUCUUUUGAAAGUGGCAAGGAGGCACUAAAGAGUAGGAAAUAGUGCUUUGUACAGUCGGCUUACAAAGAAUUGGCGUAGUUUCUUAAUUCAUUGUUUGUUAUGGGAAUAUUGCCAUAUGCAGGUGCCAGAUUAUUUACUUAACAAUAAAUAAUUUUUCCUUUCAAAGGUGCUAUACUUGAAAUGAAUUACAUAAGAAUUGAGUAGACUUAUUCAACGUAUCAAAGAUAAUUAUUUUGCAAAGUAAGGAAAAUAUAUAACGAUGGGUCCACAAAUUCUAACUUUAUUCUUAACUCUAGCUUCUUGACAGCAUAAACGUUUUGAAGUUGGCUUUGCUGCCGCUCGAGUCUUGACCCAACAUAUCCUACUGCACUGGGUUAUUGUCAUUUUGUCUCCCACAGCCAAAAAAUAAUACAUUAAGGUGUCAACAUUCUUUAAUAGCAGUGUUUAAUUAAACUAAUUUUGUCCUUUGAUCAAUAAAAUAAUUUGCAUGACACAUUUAGUGAGCCUAAAUUUGACUUCUGAUUUUCACACAUGAUUAGCCUAGGUCUAUUUUCAGCAGUGUACUCUCUCGGAUACGUAAUGUGAAUGAAUAUUUAAAUCGACAAUAUCUAUAUUAACCUGCUUUAUUUGAUUACCUAUUCCCAUUAUUCUUUUUUUAUUGGCCAUGUUCUCCCUUUUUCUUAUCCUUUUCAUAAUUGCUUAACAAACUUAUCUAUUCAAAGUAAAAAAGCAAUCAUAGAAAAAUCAAACGAAUAUAAUUCAGUCUUUUAUUUUUUAUCGAAUUCCUUGCAUAUCAUCCUGUUUCAUCUGGACAUGUGGAAAGCUGUAGGAGUCAAAACUGACGAAUACAUUAAGAAAGGCUUACUUUCAUAAAAGCUCUCUUGGGUUGAUCUUUCUGUAGCUAUUCAUUUCUUCUAAAUAGAAAUUAAUUAAAAUUAGUUUCACAUGUAUGGCUAGACCUACUACCAUAAGCAUAUUAUAAGUGGCUGAAAAGAUAAGAAAUAUGAAAGGUGACGCUUUCGUUUAAGUCUUUCAGAUUUUUUUUUUUUU